AUGGGAGACCCUGGACAGGUUGGAAGUCAAGGUCAGGUUGGUCCGCCUGGCAUCCAGGGUCCACGAGGUGAUACCGGCUCAACUGGAAAUAUUGGUCAACCUGGUGCUACUGGUCCACAAGGAGCAACAGGCGAAGCAGGAACGAAAGGUCAGCAAGGUAAUAGAGGUGAUCCUGGUCCUAGAGGUGAUCCAGGUCAAGCAGGGCAACAAGGAGCAAAAGGACCUCAGGGAGCUACAGGUGCACAAGGUCAGCCUGGACCUAUAGGUCCAUCAGGUCAAUCGGGUCAGCCAGGAAGUGAUGCUGGACCCAAAGGGCCGAAAGGCUCAAAUGGUUUGUCAGGAGCACCUGGACCUCAAGGCUUGCAAGGGGAUCCUGGCAUACCUGGACCAAUUGGACCGGCUGGACCCAUGGGACCUGCGGGUCAAGCUGGACCACCAGGAACUGGAUUUCAAGGACCACAAGGACCUCAAGGUCCUAAAGGAGAACCAGGACCAGUUGGACCUGCCGGCCCAAUCGGUUCACAAGGACCGGCCGGACCUAAAGGUGAUGUUGGACCCCAAGGUCCCACGGGACAGCCUGGGCCAAUCGGACCCCCUGGUUUAACGGGUAAUCCUGGGGCCACUGGAGCGUCAGGUCCUAUUGGAGAUGUCGGUUUAUCUGGACCUGCUGGUCCAAUAGGACCUCAAGGAAAUACAGGUGAUAUUGGUCCCGCGGGUAAUCAAGGUCCUCAAGGUCCACCAGGACCUCCUGGAUCUACAGGACUAAUUGGUCCCAAAGGUGAUAGGGGAGAUCCUGGUCCACAAGGUCCUAAAGGAGUUGCCGGAGCUAUUGGUGCAACCGGUUUGCCUGGACCUAAAGGAGAUGUUGGGCAACUUGGUCCACCAGGGUCAACUGGAGCCACUGGGCCAAUUGGACCAAAAGGUGACACUGGGCCAAUAGGACCGUCAGGUGAUAUUGGACCAGCAGGACCACAAGGACCGUUUGGAAACACUGGUCCGCAGGGGCCAAUUGGACCACAAGGACCAAUUGGACCACGAGGAGAUAAUGGGGAUCCGGGAGAUACUGGAAACAUAGGACCUUUGGGUCCAGUAGGGCCUCUUGGACCAGUUGGACAACCAGGACCCGGUGGGCCACGUGGGGAUACAGGAUUAGCCGGACCAAUUGGACCACCCGGGCAGCAAGGCCCCAUUGGACCACAAGGAUCAAGAGGUCCACCUGGACCAGAUGGUGAUAUUGGACCUUUGGGACCUUUCGGAUCUCCUGGUCCAAGAGGACCUCAAGGAGCAAGAGGUG